AUGGGACACAAUCAAUGUCCAGACUCAAGCUCAGCGGAAAGCGAAAACGACGAAGUGGACGAACCAAAACCGCUGCCCGAAUCGGUUGGGCAGAGUGAAGAGAAUGACCCUCAACCACCGUCGGCUGAAGAAGCGUCGCUCACUGUGUUGCCGGAUCCGGAGCACAAAGUGGGUACUGACGAAUCGGGCUUGAGUGGAGAACUAGUAUCGAUUACUGCGCUGAACGUGUCGACCGAGCGGAAGGAAGCUCCCAACACGGAGAGAGGCAACAGUAGUAGUAGCAGUAGUAGUUCCAGUUCUUCGGAAAGCUCUUCGUCGUCAUCUUCAUCAUCUUCCUCCUCGGAAAGUGACAGCUCCGACGAUGAAGCCGAUGCUAACGGAACCAGUCCCGCAAAGCGGCCAGCCACGGGGCAGCAUGUACCGGCAGCAGAGGCAAACGUAGCAUUUCAAUCAUCACCACCUCCAGAACCCAGCAAUCCUGCGCCGCAGCCACCGGAAGCAUUGCCUUCGGAAGGGCAACCGAAACCAGAUGACCAUCAAUUGUCGUACGCCAAUCACGACAGUUUCGACGACAGCAGCCGCGAAAGCGCCGCGAUGGAGAUUGAUGAUUCGGUGGACUCGUACGAGGAAGACGAACACGAAGGGAACACGAAUCAGGAAGAUGAAGCCAAAAUUACUCGCAGUGAAGGGUUGAAGCUUUCGAUAUCGUUGAAGCGGUCCUCUGCCGUGGCGACACCGACGAGAAACGAUGAAUCGACCGCUAGGGCGGUAGCAGGGGUAGCGUUGCCGCAGCCUCUGCAGCCGGUUGAUUUUAGCAAUCUGCUAAAAAAGGGACUGUUCAACGAUAGCACGGCAUAUGGCACUCUGGGCCAACAGCAGCUGCUCCCAACGGAGCACAUUCAAUCGCAGCCUGCACCAACCUCCUCGCACUGGAAUGCGUUCCGGGGUUACGAUAACACUGGCGGUGGCGCACUUAGUGUGCCCCAGGGCAACCGCGCGGGAGAAAAAAUGACCACUUCCAUUUCUCGGCUAGUACCACAGACACGGGAGGAAUCGUCUGAUACAUUGGACGAAGAGAACCGAUUGGUGAUUGCGGAGAAGAAGCAACUACACCGGAAACACAUCUGUCUGUACUGUCUGGGUAUCUUCCCGUCGGGGGACCGGUUAGUGAACCACCUGACGACGAAACACCACGUACCUCGGAAAUAUCCUACCAACCUGGUGGACUAUCUGCAGCAGUACAACGCUUCUCGUAGUGGUGGCCCUCGGAAAGGGGCAACCGAACGGACCGAGGCUACGCCUUCACACCAAACGCUCUUUUUGAUGUGCUGUCGAUGUGAGCAUCUGUUCGAAAGUUCGGGCAAUCUUCUGGAAACGCGGCAAGAGCACAUCAUAGAGCACAACUGUGCUGACUUCGUGGAACCUUGCGCCAACUGUGGCCAAUUGAAAAUGUCCCGGCAUCGGUGCACUGGCGUAGCGAACGUGUUGGAAGGUGCUCCCAAAAAGAAAGCGAUCAGAAAACAGGGACCCACGAGCAAGAAAUCGGCUGCCGGCAAGAAACCGGAGAUCAACGGGGUCGUUGCUCCUUACAAUGACUUGCUUAAGGUAGUAUCACAUUCUUUGAAUGAUCAACUAAGCGCCGGUGUCCACGAUGUGACCGCAGGUGGUGAAGGAGUUGAUAAGUUCGCCCGUGACGUGCUUGCCUCGAAGGUGGUAAGAAAAAAUGGACAACUCAACCAACACCAGCAGCAGCAGGAUCAGUUUCAAUCGGAUGGUUCGAAUACGUUGGCGGCCUAUACCCAGAGCCACGUGGAUCAGUCAAGCCAGGUACCGGCUGGUGUAGGUAAUCCAUCCCUUUGCCUACCCAUGAACGGCGGUGAUCAUUACACGGAGGAGUUCGGAGUGAUUGCGGCCUCUGCUGGUGCAACAUCACCUGCAGAGACUGCCAAGAUGCUUCCGGCGAUCGUACCUCCCGAUGAGUCGGAGAACCAACCGUGUGUUUCCGAGGUCGUCACUCCUCUAGUGCCAAAAUUGAAGGUAAAAAUACCUAUCCAGUAUUUGACGCCGAUCGAAAGUGGAGAAUCGUCCAGCGAGAGCGACGACGAGGUCGACGAUGAGGAAGAAGACGAAGAAGAAGAUGACGAAGGUGCUGCCGCUGAGGCGCAGGACGGCCCGGACGACGAGAAAAUGCGUGGUGUUGGGGACGCAGACCAACAACAAGAUGAUCAUACGCUGGCAGAUGCCGAAAACCCUGACGAUAUGCUUGAGAAUCGUGGAGCACAAGUGGCGCCGCCGUUAGAAGGAAACGAAAACGAAACAAACGGAUCACAGAUGAACGGAGCUGAACCUCUAAUCCCACCCUUAGAUGCAACGUCACACGAUCCCGUUCCGAUGGAGAUCGAUGAAACUAUUUCGGCAAACCGCACCGUGGAGAAUGUUGAUUCGGAGGAAACACAGCAACCAUCGUCGUCACUUGACGUAUCCCAAGUAGGCGUGGAAAGUGCUUCGCUGGAAGCAACUACAUCCUACGUAUCACACGAAACAGAAAGCGUAUGUACCGGUGCGGCAGAAAUGAAUGUGCCAACGGAGAACCUUCAACCUUCAACUGAAGCCUACUGCGGACCUCCACUUUCGGAUCUCGACGUUGAACAGAACGAGAAUGCUAUGGGGGAAACGGCGGUGGAGCAACUCAAAGUAGACGACGGUGAUGAGAUGAACGCAAACGCGGCGACUGGUCCAAACGAUGGGCCGACGGUGGAGAAUGCUGCCCACGAGGACGACGCGCUGGUGAUUGCCGAUGAUGAUGCACAGCUUUUCCACCUAACGCUGGAUGAGCCGUUGGAUCGGAUCCCGGUGCGAGAGUUUAUAAAAGUCUGCCUUCGAAAGACGGCGCACUUCUGUCUGUACUGCAACCAUGCGCGCCGCAUUGCCGUCAGCGGUCGGAGGCUUGUGCUGCACAUCAUUGCCACGCACCGCUUCCAGGCAACGGUUAACAGCAUCACGGGCGAGGAACUCCAGCCGGACACCAUCCUUUCGCGCUUUCGUAGCUCGCUCACCGAGCUGGACGGUGCGUACCUCAACGUGGAAACGUUCGACAACAGCUGGACACUGGAACAGCGCAGUUCCGCAGUGCCGUUUACGAAGCAAUUCGAGUGUUUCCAGUGUCGUUUUGUGACGCUCGUGCACAAGGAGCUGUACCUGCACAACCGCAAGAUGCACCAAAAGUCGAUGCUCUUCUGCCUGAUGUGCCGGGCGAACUUUUUCAGCUACAGCGAACUCCUGUGCCACCUGUGCCCGGGAGUGGCUAACCAGAUGACCAUCCUGGACUACACGUUUCGGUGCUGCGUGUGCCACGUGGACGGCAUACCGUCGGCGUUCCGGCUGAUGGUGCAUCUGCGCAAACGGCACUUUGCGUGCGACGUGUGCCUGGAGGAGUGCCAGGAUCAGGGUCGGCUGUCGAGCCACGUGUGGAAGCACAAGCUGCACCACCUGUGCUACCGCUGCGGGAUAGGCUACCGCAACAAGGCGGACAUACUGAAGCACCUGUUCUGGAAGCAUGGCACCGAGGGAGUGCUCUGUAAGCGGUGUUUGCAGAAAAAGUGGCCCCACGUGUACCAUUUCUGUGUGCCACCGGCUCAGUACAUUUGCGACGUGUGUCAGCUGUCAUUUAAUCGCUCCGUGGCACUGAAAGUACACCAGCGACUGCACAACGGCGACACAAAGUACCCUUGCACGGAGGAUGGCUGCGAGAAGCGUUUCAUUUCGAAGAAGCUUCUGUUGAAGCAUGUUCAGCGCCACUUUCCGGACGAUUUGAGGCCCCAAACAGCAACGGCAGCCGUGAGGGACGACGGAGAGAAUGGACAGCAAGAGCCAGCGGUCGAUGGCGUCGGUGGGGAGAAGAAACCGAACGACGAUGGUUUCGUGCAACCGGCAGAAGCGACGGAAGACAUCAAACCGGUCGGUGAAAUCCAUUCGGAACCGGCGGAAUCCAACGACACGGAUGAGGGAACAUUAGGGGUUAAAACGGAAAAAGCUGAAACAGAACCGGACAGUGUGACAGUUAAACAAGAGGAACACGACGUAAUGAUGGACCCGGGACAGGCUGCCGUUGAUGCCGCGGACAGCGCGUCGAACCUUAAGACACAACCAGCCAGCGACGAGACUGGUGCUGCAACGGGGGCCGCAGCGAACCAACCCGUGGCGAAGUCCAAGAAAAAGAAAAAAGCGAAAGACGACGACAAAUCGAUGGUGGAUUUGAUCAACCUGCCGGCGUUAAAUCUGUCCGAGAGCGACAGCAGUGACGACACGGACAACGAAAACUCCAAUGGGAGUGUCGACUCGAAACGGUUCCGAAACAGGCCCGAAGCUGCCACCGAAGGUGCCGCGAACGAUGCCGACGCACCCCAGGAAGACGGAUCCGUCUCGAUGCAGCAGGAGCCGGCCGGUACCGUUGGGGAGCCGGCCGAUUUGGGCGGGGACGAUAAGCUCAAAUCACCGGAACGGCCCGAAGAAGAAAAACAUCAAGCAGAGCCGGUCGAUUCCUCGGAUGGUGCUGCUGGUCCCGUGCUUGAUCCGAUUGCCAACAUUUGGAACAACUUUAAGCGGUACCAAGCGCACCGCACAAACAGCCGGCAACAGUCAGCGACCGCGGACGAGGAGCUGCGGCUGGAGGAAGAGCUGGCGGAGCGAAUGCUCAAGAACACGAUCCUGCACGUGUCACAAUCGGACCACGAUUACUGUAUGAUGUACAAGCCCGUCCUGCCGGAGUCGGAGGCCGUCGCGGAUGGGCAAGAGUCGUUGCUGCUGAAGGCGGAACGGCGCGACGGGAAGGAAGGGGAAGAGCCCGGCCACAAAUCCCGCAGUCCCGGACGAGGCUCGAAAUCUGGUAGGCGUCGAAGGAAUUCCUCGGACAGUGACGAUAGCAGUGAUUCGGAUUCGAGCAGUGAAUGUGGAUCGAAUUGUAGCAGCAGCUCGAACAGCUCCAGCAACAGUUCUAGCUCGAGUUCCGAUUCGGAGAGCUCCGAUGACGACGAGGCAGCAAAGCGAAAAGCCACGGCAGGCAAAUCGAACCGUAAGGGCACCAGGCAGCCGAAUGCGGGCAGGUCUGCUCAAGCUUCAGCUGCAAAGCCGGUUCCGGAAGAGGACGAACGUUCCACCCCAGAAGAACCCCCGGAACCGGUGGAUCCGGAUAGUGUUAUCGUCGAGUCGGACCUCGAGACGGAUGAGUCGGAAACGGACGAAGAGUUUUACGACGACCACCCGCAAAAGUUGGCCGACCAGAUGCUGGAGGAAAAGCGUCGCCAGCUGGUCGCUCAGACGUGUUCCGGCACCAACAACGGGAGCAGCACCAGUCCACUGAAUGCGAGCAAUCUGCUAAACUAUGGCAUCGUGGAGAACAGUCGUCCAUCGACGCCCUCGUUGCCGCCUGAGGAGCAGCAGCAGGGAAGCAAAAAGAAGCUCAAGGUGAAGAAACGCAAACGAGAGCGCAAGUCCUCCAAACGCCAGAUGUCACCGCAGAAAGGACACCACACCUCAACCGGAACCGUUGGCGGCGGCGGCGGCGGCGGAAGGAAUCAACCGGUCCUGGUCCGUUCCAGGGGCAAUGAUAUUGGAAGUUUGGACAAUUUGGAUAACAUGACCCAGGCCUCGACGGGAAGCAGCAGCUCCGUUCCCGGCACCCCGGAGGAUAACAUAAACGUAGUCGUUCGUGUUCGGCCGCUGAGCGCAAAGGAGGGCCGAAAUGGAGAUGAUAUGGUCGUCCAAUUCCCGGGAAAUGGCCAAAUUUUGUGUGACGGAAUGCCCCUGACAUCGGGUGGACAAAACCCUAAAUUGUACUCGUAUAACGUGGUGUUCGAACCGGGCGCAACUCAGGAUGAUGUGCUGCAGUAUUCCGGCAUCAAGCGGCUGAUUGAAAUGGCAAUCGAAGGGUUCAGCUGUACCGCGUUUUGUUACGGCCAGACGGGAUCGGGUAAAACCCACACGCUCACUGGUCCCCCGGAGCUGUUCUAUCGCAAACCAGAUCCGGCCCACAAAGACCACGGGCUGGUGUUUCGAUCGUUUUUGUACUUGUUCAAGUUGCUACAGGAACGGAAGGACACCAACUUCGUCCUGAAGGCAUCGUUUUUGGAAAUUUACAACGAGAAGGUGAUCGAUUUGCUGAACCCCGGGAGCGCCAGGAAACCGUUGGCAGUUCGGUGGUCGAAAAAGUCGCGAGGUUUUUUUGUGGAAAACCUUUUCACCGUAGACUGUGAAGAGCUGGAUGAUUUGUUGGCAGUGCUGGAAGAAGGAAUGCGAAACAGGCACGUGGGGUCACAUCUGAUGAACGAUUAUUCGUCCCGAAGCCACACCAUUCUGACGGUGCACAUCACGUCCGAGCAACAGGCCGAAGGUGGAGUUUUUAUUUCAAAGCAGGGUAAAAUCAAUUUCGUCGAUCUGGCCGGAAGCGAGAUGACGAAGAAAACGCACAGCGAAGGCAAAACGCUGGAGGAAGCCAACAACAUCAACAAGAGUUUGAUGGUGCUGGGCUAUUGCAUUGCUUCGUUAAGUGAUCCGAAGAAGCGCGGUGGGCAUAUACCGUAUCGAGACAGUAAACUGACCAAACUUCUUGCGGACAGUCUUGCUGGGAACGGUGUAACUUUGAUGAUCGCCUGCAUAUCUCCGGCACAAUCGAAUGUUACAGAGACAAUAAACACGCUGCGAUAUGCCGCUCGGGCUAAGCGGAUUCGCACGAAGCCCAUCAUCGUGAUGGACCCGCGGGAAGCACUUAUACUGAGUCUGAAGCGCGAAAUAGGGUCCCUUCAGGUGGAGAAUGAACAUCUGCGAACGGCGUUGAACCUGCAGUCGGAAGCACAUGACAUUAACGGCCAGGUGGACGCGCUGGAACGAAGACCGAUACCUCGAACACCGCCUACGGUGGACCUAGAGAAGCUGACUGAUAUGGAGGGCAACGAACUGAAGGAACUGGUGAAGGUUUACGUCGUGGAAAAUCAAGCCCUGCGGCAGGAGAAUUCGGAAUUGUUUUCUACCCGCGAGAUGAUAAUCCGUGACCAGGAACUCGUGUGCCGGGAAAACGAACGUUUGCUCAAAAAGCUAGAGGACGUCAAUUCGGUCUGCUGUCGUUCGCCCAUCAUCCCGGCUCGACCCACUUUCUCGGCGGAAAUGCUCAAUCUCUCUGCUGCUAGCGGUGAGGUUGAAGUUUCCAACAUAUGGCGCAAUCCGCUCAGCUCGAGCGCCGAUAGCAUGAGUCGGUACCGGAACGAAUCGUUGGAUGGUCGCGUUUCGGCGAACGAGAACAAAAUUCCGGAUCUCCUGCAGAAGGAACUGGACAAGCGCCGAAUCGGUGAUAGCAUUAAUACGAUUGCUAACAAUUUGAAACGCAACAAUUCGUGGGACAAUACGAACCGGCUAAAUGGACUCGGCAGCAACACGGCGAAUAUGCUUAGCUAA